UGCCCGGAACAUUUACAACUAACUGCAGCUUCGUUUCGUAAAUGUCCAACUAAUUUUAAAAAAUAUUUCGAAAGAUUCAGUUGUAUUCGAGCAGGCAACGCGGACGGUUCGUCUCUCCGUGCGUUAUACGAUUCAAAGUAAACAUUGGUUCCAUUAGUUCACAGUAGUUGCGCGUGCGCCGUGUGAAUUUCGCAAUCAUUGGAAAUAUAUUUUAUUGAAUGCAAGACAAUGUUUUAGUGCAUCCAUAAUAAUAAUAAAGUGAAGAGAACUACUACUAAAGAUAAACUUGCCCAUUGAAACACCCUGGGAUUAGUUUCAAUAUCGUGUGCAAAAAAAUAAAACUUUGAAAAUUAACUAUAAAUCACAAACACAAUGGUUCGCAGCCUAGCCCAGUGGACCAAAACGUUGAGUUUUCCCUCACGUUUGUCGCCCAAUCGCAAUUCCAAGGAUUGCUCCACUCUGGCCAGUCCAGUGCCUCCGCCGACACCACCACGUAAUAAGACCCACAAUAAUUGUGCCACUUCGCGUUCAUCCUCAUCAACGGUAUCCUCGUCGCAUUCCUCGUCGGCGAAUUCAAAUAGUUCACCAACGCCAGGAAGUAACAACAACAACAACAACAUGCCCAUAACGGAACUGGAACAGAUUAUCUAUCCUGGUCCCGAUCCCAAACAGGCCAUAAUGGGCUCUCUGGUCUUUUGCAUUCAUCACAAACAGGGCUGCAAGUGGUCCGAUGAGCUGAGAAAGCUCAAGGGUCAUCUCAAUGCUUGCAAACACGAUGCCACCCAGUGUCCAAACAAGUGUGGAGCCCAGAUUCCACGGGUCAUGAUGACCGAUCACUUGCAGUACACCUGCACGAUGCGUCGCACUCGUUGCGAGUUCUGCCAGAGUGAAUUCUCGGGCGCUGGUCUGGAGGAGCACAACGGCAGCUGCGGUCAGGAGCCGGUGUACUGUGAGGCCAAGUGUGGCCAGCGGAUUCUACGUGGUCGCAUGAGUCUACACAAAUCGAAGGAUUGUGCCAAGCGCUUGCGUCGCUGUGCCCAUUGCCAGCGCGAAUUCUCGGCCGAUACUUUGCCCCUGCACGCGGCUCAAUGCCCCAGAGCUCCUUUGGCCUGUCCACAGCGUUGCGAUGCUGGUCCCAUUGCUCGUGCUGAACUGGAGGCCCAUUUACGCGAUGAGUGCACAUCGCUGGCAGUGUCCUGUAGCUUCAAGGAGGCAGGAUGCCGUUUCAAGGGACCUCGCCAAAUGCUCGAUGCCCACUUGGAGAGCAGUGCAGCAGCUCAUCUCUCGUUGAUGGUUGCCCUUAGCUCGCGACAGGGUCAACAAAUACAAAUGCUCAAAUCGGCCGUCUCUAAGUUGUCCAUAAACUAUACCGGCACCUUGCUGUGGAAGAUCACCGAUUGGUCAGCCAAAAUGUCUGAGGCACGCGGCAAGGAUGGCCUAGAGCUGAUAUCACCACCAUUCUACACCUCCCAGUAUGGCUACAAGUUGCAAGCUUCGAUGUUCCUCAAUGGCAAUGGACCCGGCGAGAAUACCCAUGUUUCGGUCUACAUCAAAGUGCUGCCCGGAGAGUAUGAUGCCCUGCUCAAAUGGCCCUUCUCCCACUCCAUUACCUUCACGCUGUUCGAGCAGGGGGCACAGAGCGGCCAAGGCGGUGUGGCUGAGUCAUUUGUGCCGGACCCCACUUGGGAGAACUUCCAGCGACCCUCCAAUGAACCCGAUCAACUGGGCUUUGGCUUUCCGCGCUUCAUUUCGCAUGAGUUGCUGCACAGUCGACCCUUCAUCAAGGCGGACACAGUAUUUCUGCGCGUCAAAGUUGAUCCCAGCAAAAUUGUGGCCGUCUAGGAUCCCAAUUGAAUAUAGUAUAUAGUUAGCUUUUAAACAUUUACUCAACUUCUGUAAAUACUGUGUAUUUAAAUUUAUGAGUAAAUCUCCCCUUUCCUUCCCCCACCCCUGCGUCCACAUCGUGUAUAGCUUCGUCAUUCGGCCUUGGCUUCGGGCGUUGUUGGUCUUUAAUUGCCAACUGGCCAUGGAAUGCUGCCCAGCUGAUUGUCAUAGUCAUCUAGAGCUUCAGUUUCAGUUAAAACCAAAGCAUAAUUACAUAUUAACAAUAAUAAAAAAAACCUACACAUACAUACAUACAGCAUUUACCCCAUAUAUACACAUACAUAUAGAAUAGUACAGACAUUAGUUUGUGUCUUAAGUCUUUUGUCUUAGAGAUUUUUGUAUUUUUUUUGCGCAAAACACUUUCAAAAGAUCUUCAAAUUGUGUUAAACAAUAUAACAAAUAAACAAUUUUGUAUUAAUUCUAAGAGUUGCUUGUACAUAGGCAUAUAACCCACACCAGAUCAGACGUACAUAUAUGUAGUAUAUGUAGAAUGUAGACCUAGUUACAUACUUACACACAUAGUACGAGUAUGUUUAGCAUCUAAGCGAACGCAUUUAGUCAUUAGUAACCCGAGCUUAAGUGAGAGAGUAAACAAAGAAAAAUGAAAUAAUAAUAAUAACAAUAAUGAGAAACACGUUCAAUAUAGUCAAUAUAAGUUAAGCUACGAAGUCAUAAAACAUCUAUAAAUAAAUUUUAAAAU